AACUAUUGAACCAGCCAAUACUGUCGCACUUUGAUCAAAAGAUCCUUCCAUUACUUUAAGCACCACCACCGUACGUACACACAGCCGGAGACCAUCUCCGCGCAAGGAUUUAAACGGGCGAGCCGAUCGAGCAAAGGCAUUAAAGCUCGGACAGGUCUCCGCCGGUACGUGACGCCAACCUCGCGGGAAGCGCAAGCACAAUCCGGCGUCUGCGCGCGUGCGAUCAUGAUGAUGAGGCGCCAGUUAUCGGUCUGCGUCCUCCUCCUGCUCCUGCUCGCGGGGCAGCAGGCGGCGGCCAAGAAGUACGCCGCCAUCUUCAACUUCGGGGACUCCCUGGUGGACGCCGGCAACCUCGUCGUGGACGGCAUCCCGGAGUACCUCGCCACGGCCAAGCUGCCCUACGGCAUGACCUACUUCGGGUACCCCACCGGCCGCUGCUCCGACGGCCGCCUCGUCGUCGACUUCAUCGCGCAGGAGCUGGGGCUGCCGCUGCUGCCGCCGUCGAAGGCGCGCAACGCCACGUUCCACCACGGCGCCAACUUCGCCAUCACCGGCGCCACGGCGCUGGACACCAGCUACUUCGUGGCGAAGGGGCUGGGCAAGACGGUGUGGAACUCCGGCUCCCUGCACACCCAGAUCAAGUGGCUGCAGGAGAUGAAGCCCAAAAUCUGCAGCUCCCCCGAAGAGUGCAGGGGCCUGUUCCGGCGGUCGCUGUUCAUCGUGGGCGAGUUCGGCGGCAACGACUACAACUCGCCGCUCUUCGCGUUCCGCCCGCUGGAGGAGGUGCACGAGUUCGUGGGGGACGUCGUCAACUCCAUCGGCGAGGGAAUCGAGAAGCUGAUCGCGGAGGGCGCCGUGGACCUGGUGGUGCCCGGGGUGCUGCCGAUCGGCUGCUUCCCGGUGUACCUGUCCAUCUUCCGGAAGCAGCCGGAGAUGUACGGCGGCAAGAGCGGGUGCAUCAAGGACCUCAACACGCUGUCGUGGGUGCACAACGUGGCGCUGCAGCGCAAGAUCGUGGAGCUCCGGAAGAAGCACGCCGACGUGCGCAUCAUGUACGCCGACUACUACACGCCCACCAUCCAGUUCGUCCUCCACGCCGAGAAAUGGGGGAUGCUGAGGCAGAAGCCGAGGGCGUGCUGCGGGGCGCCGGGCGUGGGGGUGUACAACUUCAACCUGACGUCCAAGUGCGGGGAGCCGGGAGCGUACGCGUGCGACGACCCGUCCAACCACUGGAGCUGGGACGGCAUCCACCUCACGGAGGCCUCCUACGGCCACAUCGCCAGGGGCUGGCUCUACGGGCCCUUCGCCGACCCACCCAUCGUCGGCAACCGGAACCUCGAGUAGUACUGUAGCAGCAGUGGUACAGGGCUUGUUUUUGCGUACAUGCCACCUGCACAUGGGUUUUACUACUGUAUGUAGAGAAAGAAAGGAAAACAAGUCAAAGAACACACAUGCCUUGUGCAGAUUAAUUGAUUGUUAAUUAAUUGGUUCUGUUUGCGAAUUUA